AUGGUUGAUAGAGAGAUGUACUUGACUGGAGGCAUCAGUGUUAUGGUACAGCGGGAGGACUUUGGAAUUGACUACCUCCUCCCUCAAGGAACGGAUGAAGGAGGCUGCUGUGCUGAGACAUGCGCUUCGAUUGCUUUCCUCACGCUCGCGCAACGAAUGUUACACCUUAAUCUCGAUUCUCGAUACGCCGAUUUUGUCGAGAUAUGUCUUUAUAACACUAUCAUGACGGCCAUGAGUUUAGAUGACAAAUCCUUCACUUACAUCAACCAACUUGCCAGCUCUAAAACUAACAAAAACGUGCGUGAGAGGUGGUUCUGGUGCGCUUGUUGCCCUCCAAACCUUGAUGGAACUAUUCGGCAGUUUGGGCGGCUAUCUUUGGGAUUAUGUGCCGAGUUACAAUUCAAGGCGGGCUACUCAACUAUCACACUCCGGCAGAAGACCGACUGGCCACGGGAAGGCAAGGCCGACUUCAAGUAA